CAGCGCGCGCGCCUUUGGUUGUGACGAGGGUCGGUAGGUGUCAGUGAUCUGGUGCAGCAGGCCAAGGAGUGGGAGAAACCAUAGAAUCCUGGGACAAGAUGGACAACAGCGGCAAGGAGCGCGAAGCGGUGCAACUCAUGGCUGAGGCCGAGAAGAGGGUGAAAUCCUCUCAUUCCUUCCUCAGGGGUCUUUUCGGUGGAAACACAAAGGUGGAAGAAGCUUGUGAGAUGUAUGCCAGAGCCGCAAAUAUGUUCAAGAUGGUUAAAAACUGGACUGCUGCCGGAAAUGCGUUUUGCCAGGCUGCCAAACUCCACAUGCAACUGCAGAGCAAACAUGAUGCAGCCACCAGUUUCGUAGAUGCUGGAAAUGCGUACAAGAAAGCGGAUCCUCAAGAGGCCAUCAACUGCUUAAAUGCAGCCAUCGAUAUAUACACAGAUAUGGGAAGGUUUACAAUUGCUGCAAAGCAUCACAUCACCAUCGCGGAGAUCUAUGAAACGGAGCUGGUUGAUAUUGAGAAGGCAAUUGCACAUUAUGAACAAUCUGCAGAUUAUUACAAGGGAGAAGAAUCAAACAGUUCUGCUAACAAGUGUCUGCUAAAAGUGGCUACUUACGCUGCACAACUGGAACAGUACCAAAAAGCAAUCGAAAUCUACGAGCAGGUUGGUGCAAGUACAAUGGAUAAUCCUUUACUGAAAUACAGCGCAAAAGAAUAUUUUUUCAAGGCUGCACUGUGCCAUUUCAUUGUGGAUGAAUUAAAUGCCAAGCUUGCGCUGGAGAAGUACGAAGAAAUGUUUCCUGCAUUUACAGAUUCAAGAGAGUGCAAGCUGUUAAAGAAAUUGCUGGAGGCUCACGAAGAACAAAACUGUGAUGCAUACACCGAAGCUGUGAAGGAAUUUGAUUCGAUAUCGCGUUUGGAUCAGUGGCUCACGACUAUGUUGCUCCGUAUAAAGAAAUCCAUUCAGGGAGAUGGUGACGGGGACCUGAAAUGAACAGGAGGGUGAAGCAGCGGAAUGUAUGCAGAUCUGCCAACAUUAUACCCCCCCUCUUUUUUUUUUUUUUAAUUUAUUUUGCAGAUGUCUCAUCAGUGCCAGUGAAGCUAAUAGGGAUGACUGUGGGCAGAAAAGAGUGGGUUAUCAGAGGGUGAAGAGAUUUUAUUUUCAUUAUAUUUCUUUGUAUUUUGUGUCAUAUCAGGAAUGAACGUAGGGGUUAGAAAGUAACAGAAAAGACUUCAAUACACACACAUAUAUUUAUAUAUUAUUACAGGUCUCCGAAUAACAAGAGGAGCAUAUAGAACCAUUCACAAUACUGGUAACCCAACGGUGCCUCGGGCAAUGCAGGCUGGGAGCCCACCCACUGGGUCUUUUGCCACAACUUAUUCAUGGUGACGUGCUGAGAAUUCGAGGCAGUAAUGAGGCCACACACACGUGAGGGAAUAGAAUAAACUUUCUGCCUUUCUUCCACUUAUUUCUCACAGCGGCUAUAAGGUUCUGGUCAGUGGCGUAACUAGAGUGAGCUGCAAAACAAAUCUUCAAAGCUGUCCACGCACUCCGAUCACCAUCCUCCCUCCCACUUCCGCUCCUGACUCCGCCCACUCCCGCCUGACUUGCUUCCCCUUUCUCGCCAGUAAGAGAAAGCGGUUGGGGAAAAGGUUUUUUUUUAUUAGCUAUAGGGGAAGCAGAACACAGAUUAAGGAUGCAUUAGAUGGCGGAGCUCGUCUCCUUGUAAUAGUGUGUCCUGGGCCGGACUCAAUUCUCGCUAGCAUUCAGCAACUUCAGUCCGAAGGUACAAUACUUCCCAAUACUCUAUGCUCACAUCUAGCACUAACUGAGUCGCUACCAGUAAUAUCAAUGUGGUUUUCUUAAAACACACAUUAUGGCAGUGGGUAUACAGAUAAAGCUUACGCGUUUCGUGCCUCCAAACUCGGCACUUCCUCAGAGCCUAACGAAGCAGGGGGGCCCCUAUUCCCUGCCCCCCCCUGCAACUGUGGGGUCUGCUUCCUCAAUAGUUAGACCCUGGUUCUGGCCGCAGCCCCUCACACCCCGUAGAUAAAGUGUCAGACAGACACACUCCCACCCCCUCCACUCCUGUUCCACUUGUACCUCCUGCCACUAGGUGCGCGCGUUAUUGCUGUAAGUCACUACGUGCCGUAAGGAGAGGAUGUCUCCGUAACCACUUGGCUACUAGAAGGAGUGUGUGGAUGAAAGGUGCAUGUGGAACCCUGUAUUUUAUUAACAUUUUAGGUGGGAGUCAAGUCAGGGUUCCCUUGAGCAUGGGUGCUCUGUGCUUGAUGCUCUGUGAAGGGUGCCAUGGGAUUAGAGUGCAUUUCUUUGCACAAGGACAUAGUGUAAGUGGCAGGUGUAAUAGGGGCAAUUUCUGCCCAUUAGUGUAACGCUUGGGCCCGACUUUAUUCAGUGAUCCCUGUAGUGAAAUGUAGAACAAUGGGUUUUCAAGGUGUCUGGGCCUCCUGUGAUUUGCUGCAUCUCCAUCAUCAUUCCUUUGGGAAGGAAGUCCCCGAGGAACAGGAAAUGCCCCCCUCUAUGCAAGUAGAAUAAAGGAACUGGUUAAAAAAAUAUUCAGCCAAGUUAUAAUAUAUUUCAAUAUGUAACAUUAUUUUCUUGCAUAAAAACCAACGUAUAAUUUCGCUGACAGUGAUCCUUUUAAAGGACCAGUAACAUCAAAAAAAAUUUAAUUACACAAUUAACACAAUUAAUACUUUAAAAAAGCAAAGUCUUUAUUAAGAAAUAACUUACAGAA